AGCUGAGCUCCCCCCCUUAUUAUUGAAUCCUGGAUGACGAGCGGCGUUACCUGCCAUCUACGAUCCAAUCGUCCACCAAUGGCCCCCGGUUCUACGGAGAACAAAUCCAAGGACCAGGUCUCUGUCGUUUCACUAGAACGGGGCAUGGAGCGCGCGGUGCCGGUCCUAUGAGCCGGCGAGUCCUACCUCCCGCGUUCUCUUUACCAGGUAUUCGUAGGGGAGGAGAUGAAAGGUGCGGCUGCGGCUGCGGCUGCGACUGCGGCUUUACUGCGGUCAUGGGCACAUGAAUCGACUUUUCCUCUUUCAUCUCUUCUGCCAUCUACCGACGAUGCGGAAUUUGGAUGUAAUACCGACGCCCACCCCUCCUAUAAUAUUAUUCUUGCGCGCACAGAUCACGGGCUGGGCGGUACCCUGGCACUCUCGCACACACACAUACUUCACUGUUUACUGUGUAGUGUGUACAGCCCUCCAGGCCAGCAACGACCAAGGGAAGCGGCCGCGCCGCUACCGCCAUUUCCUUUCUCCGUGAAACGCGAGUUUGGACCACAACUGAUGACCGAUGGAUGACAACCUUAAGAGGAUUCGAAUACCUACCUUUAGCAAGCCUUGAAUGGCCUUGACCAACCUUGACAAGAAAGAUAGCCCGCGCCGC